AGUCUCCGAUUAAACAGCAACAUGUUAAGACACAUUUCCAUUAGCGCACGAAAAAAUAAUUUUGUUCAAAUGACAGAAAAGUUUUUGUGAUUGUUAUUGUUUUAAUCUGCUGGCAGUAUUUUUUUUGAAUAUAAAAGAAUUUCAAUUGUAACGUUUAGCUUAAAAAUAAAUCAUAUUUAUUGUGCGUUGUUCGAAUUUCGUGUUGUUCGAUGAUGAGAACUCGUAGCGAAAAUAUACAAAACAAAGAUCCGAUUUUAGUGAGCAAGUAGAGAAGAAAAAUCGUAGUAAAAAAUCUAAAUGAAUUGUUGAUGUUGACAAAGGAAAGAUUCAGAUCUAUUUAUAAAUUUUGUUAUUAACCAUGGCAUCGUUGAAAGUAGCUGUAAGGGUGAGGCCGUUCAAUCAACGAGAAAUCGAUAUGGGGGCUAGUUUAAUUGUCGAAAUGGAUGGUAAGAAGACACGUCUGCAUAAACCGAAAUUAUCAUCACUUCGCGAUAAUGUACGGGACACCACAAAUGAUUUCACAUUCGACUACAGUUAUUGGUCAUACGAUCUGGCCGACAAACAUUAUACGACGCAGGAACAAGUGUACAAGGAUCUCGGAACAGAUGUGAUUAACUGUGCCUUUCAAGGUUAUAAUGCCUGCGUUUUCGCAUACGGACAAACAGGUAGCGGUAAAACUUAUACAAUGAUGGGCUCUGAAAAUGAAUUGGGCCUGAUACCGAGGAUAUGUGAAGAAUUGUUCAAUCGAAUGAAAUUGGGCCAAGAGAGCGGUACCGGUUACAAGACAUGUGUCAGCUACUUAGAAAUAUACAAUGAACGGGUGAAAGAUCUUCUGGGAUCGGACAAUACCGGUCAUGGACUGCGUGUACGCGAACAUCGAACCACCGGUCCGUAUGUGGAGGAUUUGUCACAGCAUCCGGUUUCAGAUUAUGAAGAGAUACUGGAGUGUAUCGGUCAAGGCAACGUUCUGCGUACAACAGCGUCAACCAAUAUGAAUGACACAAGUAGCCGAAGUCAUGCUAUAUUCACUAUUACAUUCGUUCAGGCAGGAUUCUUGGAUGACAUGCCCAGUGAAACGGUUUCGAAAAUUCAUUUGGUGGAUCUGGCUGGCAGUGAACGGGCGAAUGCAACUGGCGCCACUGGUCAGCGUCUGAAGGAAGGAGCUCACAUCAAUAAGUCUUUAGUGACGUUGGGUAGUGUAAUAUCGGCAUUGGCAGAUCAAACGAAUCCAACUCAAUCGAAGAAGGUCAUGUACAUUCCAUACCGUGAUUCUGUGUUAACGUGGUUGUUAAAAGACAGUCUGGGCGGCAAUAGUAAGACCAUUAUGAUUGCUGCAUUGUCACCGGCAGACUGUAAUUACGGCGAAACAUUGAGUACUCUUCGUUAUGCUAACCGCGCCAAAAAUAUCAUCAACAAACCAACAAUCAAUGAAGACUCUAACGUGAAAUUGAUUCGUGAGUUGCGCGAGGAGAUCAUGAAAUUGAAGGGAAUGAUCAAUGGUGAAAAGGGUACCUUGAAGCUGGAAAUGUCGAGCAAAGUUCUGGAGGAUUUGCUGAAGAAGGAAGCACAAGAAAAAGUUUUAACCGAAGAAUGGACGGAAAAAUGGCGCGAAGCACAAACGAUAUUACGGGAACAAAAGGCAUUAGGACUACGAAAAUCAGGCGUCGGUGUUGUACUCGACAGUGAAGUUCCGCACUUGAUUGGAAUUCAUGAUGAUGUGAGCACUGGCGUCACGUUGUACAGCUUAAAGGAUGGCGAAACUUACAUCGGCACCGACGAUUCCGAUCUGUGUCCGGACAUUGUGCUGAACGGUUCGGGAAUUCAAUCCAACCACUGCAGUAUUCGAUUGGAGAACGGACUGGCAACCAUUUAUCCGAAUUUGAAUGCUCAGUGCUGGCUGAACGCCAAUUUAAUCGACGAACCGUCAAGAAUUAGCCAAGGUGACAUUUUGCUGCUGGGCAGAACGAACAUGUUUCGGUACAACAAUCCGGCCGAGGCAGCCAAAUUGCGAAAGGAAGGCAGUCGGUCGAGAUUGGAUUUGUCGAGAUUGUCGUUAAUAGCUGCGUCCAGGGAAAAUUUGACCAGCAGCAUGUACUGUUACAGUGACGAUGAAAUUGCAUUUGCUUAUCCAAUGAAGCGUGGCCCGUCCGAACUUCAACUUUCCAGAGAAUAUCCUGAAGUUCAGGAGGAAAACAAGAAAAUUUUACAGACAAUCGAAAAUGCUCUGAAGCAAUUGAACUUGGAAAAGAUUCAUAUGAACGAGCAAUAUCGCAACAAGGUGCAACGGAUCUCCGAGGAAUUAGUGCAACUCGAACAAACACAAUGUGAUAAAAUGGCAAUUAUAAACUGUCGGGAACGGGAAUUAAUUGCUAAAAAGGAAAUGAUACUAUGGGAAAAAGGCAAUGUCAAUACUCAAAUUGAAAUAGAAAGUAAACAGAUAUCAGCGUUACAAACGCAAUUAGAUGCCAAGAAAAGAGACUUUUAUGAUUUCGUAGCUAGAGAAGUGCAGAGACUGCUAAAUUGCGGAAAAUUGAAUGAGGUUGAAGUAGACUUAAUUGAACAUAUUAUGGAAUCGGACGAGAUAAAUGACAAAUAUCUGGACGUCUUUCAUAACCAAUACAUUCAGGAUACAAUUGUAAAAAGUAAAGAAGAAAUUAAAAAUUUGGAACGAGAUGUGCGCAGCAAAGAAACCGUUUUGGAGGAUAAUUCGUUAAAACUGGAUGGCCUACACAAAGACUUGGUGGAGAUUGGUCAUAACCAGGAGAACUUAAUUAUUCAACGAACUGCAUUAGAAUACGAAGCAAUUAAAAUGCGAAAGCAGUCCCUCAGCCUAAACAUCCAACCAGUAGCGACUGCAAGUGAAAAUCAGUUCACGAACACUCUCGAAACAUACGACACGUUCCACACCGCCACAUCGGAAUGUUCGACGACAUUCUCAACGCCUUCCGGUAUGCAUCAAACGUCUCCAUCAGUCACAACCACCGAUCUGCAACACUCCCAGUCGACGAUGAGCGACAGCGGUGUCAGCAUCGGCGACAAACUGAACCUGACCAAAUCAACGCCCAACUGUGUGAGCCGGUCCGAUGACGAAAAUUCGCUGAGUCUGUCGGGUGGCGAUAAUUUCUCGGCCGUCAUACCGCAACCGAUCUGUGCGAUACAUAAAUUGCGACAAAAAAUCGGCCAACAAAAGGCACAAAUUAUGAAGUAUUUGGAAAUGGAUUGUGACAAAAGUGUGCUAGACGAUCGGAUCGAAAAGCUGCAACAAUUGCAAAAGGAGUAUUUCAAGUUGGAGAACGCUUACCGCACCGAAACCACAUCGCCCUAUGAACAUGAAUGCUGUCUGUCGGAUGGUGAAUUCGGCGGCUUAGACUUACAGAGCAACGACGACAGACUCAGCAUUCUGUCGCCGGAUGUACAAAAUGAUGGCAUGACCAGAUCGAUGCCGUCUAUUGGAAAUUACAAUGACUCCGAAUAUUCCAUUAGUAUUCCCAGUUACAUUGUACGAGGAGCCGGCAAACAAACGCACUACGAGUAUGAGAUAAGGAUCACCUUGCAGGAUGACAAAUGGACAUUGUUACGUCGAUACAGCAAGUUCCGAGAAUUGCAUCUCAAAAUGAAGGGUUCAUACGGCGAUAAGGUGGCUGCCAUUCCAUUUCCAAGCCGGGAAAUUUUUUCCCUCAACAGUAGCGAAUCGGUGGCACGGAAUCGUCGUCGUCAUUUGGAAGUCUAUUUGCGACGAUUGUUGAUUGUAUGUUCGAAAAUUCCCCAGUGUCCCAUAUACGAGGGAGCGAACGGAUUUGGGCUGUGCAAAACUACGCUAAUUGAAUUCUCCAGUUUCUUCAAGAAAGGCUUAUUCGAAAGUGGAAAGCAUGGCACCGGAUGAGAUAGACUGUAUUGGGCAUUGAUGGUUCCACUUUCAAUUAUAAUUUAUUAUUUUUACUAUUUAUGUUGACCAUUAGUGAUUAUGGAUAGUUAUGUUUCGGUUUACCAUUUAAGGAACAAAAUAAAUUAGAUAGAAAAACUUUUAUUAAUUGAAA